AUGUUGUACGGCUCAGACAAGGGGUGGUGCAUGGUGGCUGGCCACCAGGCGGCCGAGUGCCCCGUGAAUCCCACUUACGACGGCUGGUGGUGGCCAAAAGAGAGCGUCCAUCUCGACGAGACUCGUUGGUGCUCAAAGGAGAACGUUGUCGAAUGGGACCGGAGCGGUGAGCGAUACGGCGACCCGCCACAGGCCAAGUGGGGCACCAAAAAGUUCCAGGGCACGUGCUGCUACUACCCGCCCAUCGAGGAGGUUUACGACGCGAGGUACGUCAAGAUCCAGAUCUGGGACGAGGACACGUUUACCAACAAUGACAUGCUGGGCGAGUUCAAUGUGGACCUGAAGGAGGCGGCGGAGAGCGGGAAAGGAUUUGGGGUGUGGAACUACGACUUCGACGUGCAGGAGCUGAAGAAAAACGGCCAGGCGGAGAACAACGUCUUCAAGGCCAAGGUGCGAGUCCAGUGGGAGCGGCCGCAUGACAAUGCCAUCGCGACCACGUACGACCUCUCACCAGGUUUGCUGUCUCGCUACCAUCGCCUCCAACAUAACGCCGUUCAAUAA